AUGGCUCGAGUCUCUCGGAGGCCCGUGUCGGCUUUUGCCAGACGUGCUUCAAGCCGCGCUGCCCAUAAAACGGCGCGGCGGCACAAGGUGAUCAUGGAAUCGAUCACCCAGGAGAAGAAGAAGCUUCGAAGUGUCACCACCCCCCACAUGCACACCCACAAUCUCUCCCAACAUGUCCAUCGCAUUGGGUACCACUUCCCCAGUGCAGUUGUCGCGAACGCGUGCAUGGAACUAGGUGUAUAUCUUACCGCUACAGGGAAGGCAGUGCCAUUCCAAGAAAUCAAUAACGCACAGCCGCGGAAGCGCGCAGAUUCCGAGAUGUCCCAAAUAACCAUCAAUACUGAAGCAAGGGACGUAUUGAAGGACCUCUUUCCCAACAUACCAGACAAUGAUUUGAAUCAAAUCAUCAAGACAGCUUUCCAGAAGGGACAACGCAAAGUUGGGACGGCAGUUGAGCUUCCCCUAGCCCGGCGCGCACAGCUAGCCGUCGUGGCCCACAUCCGACACGUCUAUACCAACUAUGACAAGCUUCUGAAGAUGACUUCUUUCCAUGAAGCCAGAUCCCUUGUCGAAGAGCACACCUUGGCGAAACUAGUAGAAUGGAGAGGAGAUGAUGAGAAUGGAAAGACAGUCCUUGAAGACGUCUUCCGUGAGGUCAUCGUCAUAUCUGACGAUGACGACAGCGACGCAGAAGAGGAUAUCCCCAAGCCUUCAGAUCGGGAUUAUAGUGUUGAGGUCAUUUCGAGUCAACCGCGUGUUGAAGUCCUUCCAACCCAACCGGCAAAUACGGCAAAUUCUGGGCCCCAGGACUUCUCAGAAGAUGAUGUCCCUCCAGGUUUCCGGGUGAUUCCACGCGACCCUAAGAGGAGCAAAGUUGACCGCCGUGGAUUUAGCAGGUAUCAAGCCUGGGAUAGGGCCAUUAAUAGAUACAGGAACGUCGCCAUGGGAAUCAGCCAGCAAGGAUCGCAUAUGUCACCCAGGGAUCCAAACCUCCCUUAUGGCAGUGGCCAGUCGAUACAAGCGCCUAUCGAACUUGAUCUGGAGCAUUUUCCCCAACGGGUUUCCAGGCCUCGGCAUGUCUCUGUUCCAUCACAUGGAGGUCCUAAUAAGAGAUCUAGUGGGCCAAGCAACGCUGGUUAUAAUUCUCCAUUGGAACGUCAUAAACUCUUCUCAGUGGCCGAAUCCCCUUAUGAACAACCAUCUGCACGUCCAUCUGAUAUUACAUCUCAGGGCCAGUCCUCCCCGCAUCAUGGGAAUAAAGCUUUGAAUCGACGAGGUGAUAGCCCCAAUGCCCCUGUCUUUGUUAGUGGCCCCAAGGAGGUCUUCCAGAAGACUUUGGACUAUCCUGGUCAUUAUUCUAGGACCAGUGGCCCCUCCUACAAGGAGCACACCUCCAAAUUGCAGGACCAUGUAUUACCGUCUAUUGAAGCCCCGCUACCUGUGGACAGACAACUUUCUGAAACUGGCCCAAUGGACCAUCUUGCCAAAAGAAUGUCGGGAGGUUUUUCACUUCGUUCGAUGACGCCACAUGCCACUAACCAAGAAUCCUUGCGCACCCCCUUGGAAAUUGCCAGUACAGGAGAACAGGCUCCUAAAAGGCGGCGUAUGGCUUACGCUCACCCAGCUCCUGUCGACGACCUUCGCUUCAUUCCUGGACCUAGUACCACAUUGGUGGAACCUUACGCGGGAGCCCGGUAUGUCCCAGUUGGACGUUCUUUACCAGGAGAACCAGCCCAGGAUGGAGCCCACGUCCGUAGGAGAUACGCUGCGCCGGUUUUACCAUCAUCCUCAGUGGAACUUCCACCUAGGCCCCUUGUUGCGGAUCCUCAUUACAGGCCACGCUAUGAAUUUGACCCUCAGUUAUUUUCUCUUCCACCACGUCCACCAGUCCCAGCAAAUCUUCACCACCCGCACAGGGCGCCAGAGCGAGUUCUGGCCGCACCAAUGACAAGAUAUCCAGUCUUGGUUGAAGAAAACUACGAACCCCUUGCCCCCGUGUCGACGUCUGGUUUGAGAGAGCCACUUGUCCAUCACAGCAUGAAUCGGCCUAGCGUGGAAAAGCUCCCCUCUCUGCCAAUGCACGGAGAUUCGGAACGUACUAGAACUAAUGGUGUUAUUUUGCCCCGCGAGUCUCUGCCCAAGAGGCAUUAUGCCGACGAUUUCGUCCGCACUGUGGACAUCCGAGAGCCGAUCUUGAUAGGAUCGCCUCCACGGACUCGUCCACAAGCAAGCCAUGUUGCGGGAGCCCGUGGUCUGCCAGCUACGACCUCCCCUCGUGAUCGCUACCAACAUGAAUUACCAAGUAAAGUGCCGUCGAGACUGCCUGAACGUCCCCAUUCUGGCCGUGUCAGGUCUACUGCUUACGGACAUACUGCGGCGGAGAACCUGAGCCCAAGAUCCCAUGUUCAUACCCUCCCUGGCCCUCCGCCUUCCGCUCGUCCCUACGAGAGACGGCGUGAUGAUCCUUUUGACUCCACACGGCCAAUUUACGAGGUUCACCAUCCCUCACCAACGGCACUGGAACCACCUCGGCCCGUGUACGUGAGAGCCCUGGAUCGGCCCGCGUUGCAGAGUACCCUACCCGAAGAGAGGCCCGUCAUCAUUGUAGAUUAG